AUGGGUACCACCCUGCAUGCAACCAACAGCUCAGAGUUUCAAGUGUCUGAGUUCAUCCUGCUGGGAUUCCCAGGCAUUCAUGAGUGGCAACACUGGUUCUCCUUGCUGGCUCUGCUUUACCUUGUAGCUCUUGGUGCUAAUCUCCUUAUCUUGAUCACCAUCUACCAUGAGCCUAGCCUGCAUCAGCCAAUGUAUCAGUUUCUUGGUAUCUUAGCUGCAGUAGAUAUUGGCCUGGCUACCACCAGCAUGCCCAAGAUCCUGGCCAUCCUGUGGUUUGAUGCCAAGGCCAUCACUCCUGAGUGUUUUGCUCAGAUCUAUGCUAUCCAUUCUUUUAUGUGCAUGGAGUCGGGCAUCUUUCUAUGCAUGGCAGUGGAUAGAUAUGUAGCCAUUUGUUAUCCCCUUCAGUAUCCUUCCAUAGUCACUGAAGCUUUUGUAAUCAAAGCCACACUAUCCAUGCUUCUCAGGAAUGGACUGCUAACCAUCCCAGUGCCUAUACUAGCUGCACAGAGACAAUACUGUUCCAGGAAUGAAAUUGAUCACUGCUUGUGCUCUAUUGGGGUCACUAGUCUGGCCUGUGAUGAUAUCACUGUUAACAGGUUCUACCAGUUAGCUUUGGCCUGGCUUAUGGUUGGAAGUGACAUGAUUCUGGUCUUUACUUCUUAUGCUUUGAUUAUUCGCACAGUGCUGAGGCUGAAUUCCACUGAAGCAAUAUCUAAGGCCCUCAGUACCUGCAGCUCCCACCUCAUCCUCAUUCUGUUCUAUUACACAGCUAUUAUUUUAGUAUCUGUCACUCACCUAGCAAAAAGAAAGGUUCCCCUCAUCCCUGUUCUCCUCAAUGUGCUGCAUAUUGUCAUUCCCCCAUCUCUCAACCCAUGGUAUAUGCCCUUAGACACAGGAGCUGAGGGUUGGCUUCAGAGAGUGCUGGGCUUGAGUGAGUUUGUGUCUAGGAAGUAA